CUAUAGCUGCGGCUCCAGAGCCGGUAUAGAGCAGAAGGAGGUCCGCAGUGCUCAGAGAGACGCUCAGGAGCUGCUCUGCUGAAGAAACGAGUGACGUUGCAAGUCUCCUGCUGCUUCUAAUGUCCACAUUCCUAUACAGUUCAAAUUUACUUCCACAAACAAAUCAGUAAAGCUGCCAAGAUGGAUAUGUCAUACUUGUGAGAGUGUGGGAAACUGGUGUCUAGAAGCUCUAGGACUCAGAAAACCUGCACUACUACUUUCUGCAAGAACACAGCUCGCAUAAAGGCACAAAAGAACAUGGGCAAACACCACUGCUCAGACUGUGGGAAGAGCUUUCCUACGAAGAGUAGGCUCAAAAAACACCAGCUCAUGCACACAGGAGAGAAACCGUAUACCUGCUCAGAGUGUGGGAAGAGCUUUAGACAAAAGGAUUAUCUCCAAAUACACCAGCGCAUUCACACAGGAGAGAAACCGUAUACCUGCUCAGAGUGUGGGAGGAGCUUUAGACAAAAGGAUCAUCUCCAACUACACCAGCGCAAUCACACAGGAGAGAAACUGUAUAUCUGCUCAGAGUGUGGGAAGAGCUUUAGACAAAAGGGUAAUCUCCAAAUACACCAGCGCAUUCACACAGGAGAGAAAGUGUAUAUCUGCUCAGAGUGUGGAGAGAGCUUUACACAAAAGCGUUCUCUCCAAAUACACCAGCGCAUUCACACAGGAGAGAAACCGUAUAUCUGCUCAGAGUGUGGACAGAGCUUUACACAAAAGCGUUCUCUCCAAAUACACCAGCGCAUUCACACAGGAGAGAAACCGUAUAUCUGCUCAGAGCGUGGACAGAGCUUUACACAAAAGCGUUCUCUCCAAAUACACCAGCGCAUUCACACAGGAGAGAAACCGUAUAUCUGCUCAGAGUGUGGAAAAUGUUUUAGACUGAAGGAUUAUCUCCAAGUACACCAGCGCAUUCACACAGGAGAGAAACCGUAUAUCUGCUCAGAGUGUGGACAGAGCUUUACACAAAAGUGUUCUCUCCAAAUACACCAGCUCAUUCACACAGGAGAGAAACCGUAUAUAUGCUCAGAGUGUGGACAGAGCUUUAGACGAAAGGGUCAUCUCCAAAUACACCAGCUCAUUCACACAGGAGAGACACCGUAUAUCUGCUCGGAGUGUGGGAAGACCUUUAGACGAAAGGAUUCUCUCCAAGUACACCAGCGCAUUCACACAGGAGAGAAACCGUAUACCUGCUCAGAGUGUGGACAGAGCUUUAGACAAAAGGAUUAUCUCCAAAUACACCAGCGCAUUCACACAGGAGAGAAACCGUAUACCUGCUCAGAGUGUGGGAAGAGCUUUAGAAAAAAGGAUUAUCUCCAAAUACACCAGCGCAAUCACACAGGAGAGAAACCGUAUAACUGCUCAGAGUGUGGACAGAGCUUUACACAAAAGCGUUCUCUCCAAAUACACCAGCACAUUCACACAGGAGAGAAACCGUAUACCUGCUCAGAGUGUGGACAGAGCUUUAGACAAAAGGGUCAUCUCCAAAUACACCAGCGCAUUCACACAGGAGAGAAACUGUAUAUCUGCUCAGAGUGUGGAAAGAGCUUUAAACAAAAGCGUUCUCUCCAAAUACACCAGCGCAUUCACACAGGAGAGAAACCGUAUACCUGCUCAGAGUGUGGGAAGAGCUUUAGACAUGAGGGUUCUCUCCAAAUACACCAGCGCAUUCACACAGGAGAGAAACCGUAUACCUGCUCAGAGUGUGGGAAGAGCUUUACACAAAAGCGUUCUCUCCAAAUACACCAGCGCAUUCACACAGGAGAGAAACCGUAUAUCUGCUCAGAGUGUGGAAAAAGCUUUAGACUAAAGGGUUCUGUCCAAAAACACCACCGCAUUCACACAGGAGAGAAACCGUAUAUCUGCUCAGAGUGUGGACAGAGCUUUAGAGAAAAGCAUUCUCUCCAAAUACACCAGCGCAUUCACACAGGAGAGAAACCGUAUAUAUCUGCUCAGAGUGUGGACAGAGCUUUAGACGAAAGCAUUUCGGUGCUUGCAGUGUGAAAAGAGUUUUACCUCACCCACUUAUCUCCAAGUACACCAACACGUUCACACAGGUGUGAAGCCGUAUCAAUGCUCAGAGUGUGAAAAGAGUUUUACUACACGCAGUUAUCUCCAAGAACACCAGCAUAUUCACACAGGUUAGAAACCGUAUCAGUGCUCAGAGUCUGGAAAGAGCUUCAAGCAACUGAGUCAUCUCCAAGAAAACCAGCGCAUUCACACUGGAGAGAAACCAUAUCACAGCUCAGACUGUGGGACGCGUUUUCGUCAGAAGAGUGCUCUCCAAGAACACCAGCGAAUCCACACAGGAAAGAAACCGUUUUCCUGCUCAGAGUGUGGAAAGUGCUUCAGAGAUAAACGUUGUCUCCAAAAACAACAGUGCCAUCACAUCUGAGUGAAGCUGUAUUCUUGCUUCCUGUGCAGGAGGACCUUCAGGCACUCAAAUUCAAAGACACAGUUGCGUUAUGAGUGAGCCAGAAGAUCAGAUCCUGAAGAAUAUCUUCCAUGCACUUUGGCACUCAUCAACAAUCUGUCAAUAUGGGUUCAGGUUAGGAUAUUGUAUUACAGCGGUGUAGUCCAGGGGUCACUAAUCUUUUCUACAGAGGUCCAGGGUCGCUGCGGAUUUUUACUCGAUUUUGGAGCACUCCUCAUAUAACUUCCCCAUUGUUGAACGACUCUGAUCAACUGAUUAAAUAAGGAGGAAUCCAGUGUGCAUCUGUAUGGUUGGAAUAAAGACCACUAGUGUCAACAGCUCUUAGUGUAUACGAUUGGUGGCCCUGGUGUAGUCAAAUGUAAAUAGAUCUGGACCAUUUAUGGAGUCCUUUUAGUUGGAGAACCAUGUGGAAAUGACCACGGUAAACAGAGGGACUUCUUUUCUUACUUUACUCUAUUGUCUGGUCAUUUUUCUACAGUUCCUUCAUGCUGAAGUGAACAGAAUAUCAAUGAGGUGGAAUAUUAGUUAUAGUACAGCCCAUUUGUACAAGAUUUUACAUGGUUUUGCAUGAUUUUUUCUAAUGUCUGAAAUCUGAUGCUGUGGAGUGAAGCUCAUAAAAUGCACACUAGCGGUUGAUCAGUAUAGGAUUUUCAGUGGUCGAUGCCAAUAUUUAGUGAGCAUGACAACUGAUUUUCCACUGUUUCACAGCACUCACUAAUGUGUGCCUGUAGAAUGGCGACAUGGACACGAGCGAGCUGUAACAUCGUUUCAGAGCAACCACAUACUGUAAUUCAUCAUGAGCGAAGGCAUUGGGCAAUUAUCUCAAAAUAGCAUUAAAUCAGCUGAGCAGUCAACCACUGAUGCAGUGUAGCCAACUAAACUGACCAACAUCAACCUAUCAAAAUGCUUUUUCUUUUGUUUUGCUUAAUUGUGCUGAUUAAUGGCAACAGAAUGAUUUCAUUGUAUCGACUUAACUUACUUAUGUAAAUGUAACAAUGUUGGACCACUGAUCAUGUUGGACCCCUCACCCUUCCCCUGUUGCAAGCCUUGGUCUUCAUGUUGUAAUAUGUACUUAUUAUGUGCCUUGUAUUGCUGAGGUGUUGUUUUCUGUUCCCAGACUGUACACCCUUAGGAACAUAGUCUGGGGGUUGUUUUUUAUCUCGAUUUUUUAUCUCGUUGGUUUUAUCUAGAUAUUUUUUUUUGGAACUCAUUUAUUCCAUUGUUAUUUUAUAUCCAUUUAUUAUGGACAAAAAAAUGCAACCCGACAGUUUUUUACUGUUAAGCUCAUCCCGUCUCUCUUUUGUGAACAUUGUUAAAACAUUGACAUUACGCAUUAGAAACAAAGAGCAUGCCGCAUCUUACAACACAUAACCAUGACAGUUCAACAUGGAUCCAAAAAGAUUGAUUAUGUUGAUUUCCCAAGCUCAAAGCCUCGUUCCCCGCCACCUCAGAGCAUUCAACUAAAGCGCUCCACAUUCAAUUGCAAUUUCACGUCUACGUUGUCCCUUCAAACAGUUUGUUUUUUUAGCACUUGAGCCUUUCUUGAGGGAUGUCUGCUGUCCAGUUCCAGCACAAGUUUUUGUAGAACCUCAAAUGUGUACUUAAGGUUGGGUGGGUAGCUCAAGUCCAAUGCGUACAUGAAGCCAAAUAAAACAGCGACUGCAUUUGCAACGUUACCAAGGUCACAAAGCACUUUCACACCUUCGAUGAUUAUUCCAACAUCUUCCAGCUCAUCUGUGGGUUCUGCACCGUCCUUCUUUACGGCAAAUAUUCCUAGAAUUGUCUGCUCCAUCUCCUGGUUGUCUCCAACAUCCUCAAAAAUAGAACAAAUAAACCUUCAGCCAAAACAUGCAAAAGCCACAAAAAAACCUGUUG